GUUUGUUGUUGCACUAAACUAGAGAGAAACGAAGAGAAUUAUCAGAGAGAAGAAAAGUGAGCGCCUGAAAGAAUUCGACUGUGCCAGCGAUUUCACAGAAAAAAAAUGUUACAGUUUCCAGCGUUCAUGACUCAGUAUCCAUGGUCAUCAAAGACUAUUCCGACGUCGUAUCUCUUACCGUCGCAAUGGCCUCAGCCUCACAGCGAAGAGCUCCUCCUUGCCAUGGAGGAAUCCGAUUUCGAAGAGAAGUGCAAUGAAAUCAGGAAGACUAAUAGCAACCUUCCGGUGAUCGGAAAAAUGACAGCUGAUAACGAUAAAGAAGACUUUGAUAAUGAUGCUGAUGAUGAUGAUGAUGCUGAUAAUGCUGAGGAAUCUGAAGGUGAAGAAUUUGAGCAAGAAACUGCCUGAUGACUGUUGCUAAUAGUUUCUUUAAUUUAGUCUUAUAAAUCUUAAAAAGUAGAAACAAAGACAAGGUUUUAUGUAUGUUUUUGUAUGAUUUUAAUAAUGUAGUUUGGCUAGUGUUUAUGUUAA